CAUACAUAUAUAAACCGCAGCGAGGAGGAGGAGAGACUCAAGCGUUCCUGCUAGGAGCUGGUGCAAAAUUGUUACUUAAUUUUAGUGUUGUUUUAAUUGUAAUUAGAUUUGGGGGUGGUGCAAUGGCGGCGACGGAGGGGAGAGCCGCGGCGGCGCUGCUAUUUGUGGCUGCAGUGAUGGUGGCGCAAGGGCCGCUGGGUGCAAGCGGCGCAACCGUGCACACGGUGGGGGACGCUAAAGGGUGGACUGCUCUGGGCAAGAUUGACUACAAAAGCUGGUCUGCUAGCGAGGACUUCCAAGUUGGCGAUACCAUCCUUUUUGUGUACAAUCCUAAAUUUCACGAUGUGAUGGAAGUAACACAUGCCGACUACAACGCGUGCAAUGCCUCAGCCCCCAUCCACACCUACAAAACGGGCAACGACUCCUACACGAUCCAGGGUGCCGGUCAUUACUACUUCCUCUGCGGCGUCCCCGGCCACUGCGAAGCUGGCCAGAGGGUUGACAUCAGAGUUUCCAACUCUACCGCCGACGGCCCUAGCUCUGGCCCUUCUGCCUCGCCAUCUCCUUCAGCUGCCUCCGCCCGCGGUACCAAGUCGCCUACUGGCCCCACGCCUUCUGCCAACGCCGCCGCUCCACUGCUUGCUCUUAAGGGCCUCUUCGCCUUGCUUGGCUUUGCCAUGGCUGUCGUUGCUGCUUUAGCUUCUUGCUAGACGGUUUUUUUUUUUUUUUUUAAAUUUGUUUGCAUAGUUGAUUUGAGUUGUCAAUUUUAUUAUUGAAAAAGUACUUUUGCGGGAUUUAUAUAUAUUAUUGGGUCUUUC